ACAGGUUUACUUACCUCUGGAAUGAUCUGUUUGAAGAAACUUGUAGCAAAUUCUAUGAGAAAAUCAGAGUAGGGCCCUGGGGGUCUAAAACUGUAUGACAUUUUAACGGUUUGAAAUCACAGUUUCAGAAAUCACAUGGUCAUUUAGAUUUAUGCAGAAUAAUAAAAUGGUAGUUACAUACUGUCUAUAAGGAGCUUGUUCAUUAUUUGGUUAAUACUGAAGAAGAAGCUAAAUUAAGAUUUAACUUGGAUUGGCUUAUCUACUAAAUUUACAUCAUAUAUUUUGCAGAGGAAAACUGUGGAAACUGGCUAUUUCAACGAUCUUUGUGUAUGUUGAUCGAUUUUAUUACUUGCUGCACAGUUCAAGAUGAAGCACAGAAGGUCCAAGGCCACUCAGCUGAGCUGUGUUUUUGGCUUGUGUAGGCAGCCACCUAUUUGCCGAAUGAGAAUGCUGCUACUCUGCUUGUGCUUGCUGCUGGCAGUGACUCUGAGUCUGGGAUUAAUGCUGUCUGACCACGAUGCAAGAUCAGAAGAUUUAUCAGUGAGAGUUCCAGACCUUAAAAAUGAUAAACUGACCCACAGGCCAAGUAAGCCCACCUCUGCCCAGGUAAAGCGGCUUGUCUCUGAGGUGAAAUGGGCUCGGCUGUGGUAUGCCCAUCUCAAGCCUAUCCUCGUAGAGCGGCACCCAGGCUCUCAUGGUAGUCGUACUGUUCAAAGGCAUGUUUAUUCUGUGCUGGACUCUCUAACUGCGGGGUGGUCAGUGCAGAUUGAUUCCUUCAACUCUGUAACCCCACUUGGCCCAAUCAACUUCUCCAACAUCUUGGCAGUGUUGGAUCCCAUGGCUCCACGCCGCCUGCUAUUAGCUUGUCAUUAUGACACAAAGAAUAUGCCUUUAGGGCAUCAGGAGCCAAAGCAAGUGUUUCUGGGGGCAAGUGACUCAGCUGUUCCUUGUGCUAUGAUGCUAGAGCUUGCCACUGCACUGGACAGCCAUCUAAAAAUGCUCAAACAGCAGAUGUCUCAGGUGACACUGCAGUUGGUCUUCUUUGAUGGGGCAGAAGCAUUUGAGGAGUGGUCUACCACAGACUCUCUGUAUGGUUCCCGGCACCUCGUUGAACACAUGUCUAGUGUUCCACAUCCUCCAGGCUCUGAACACACAACUCUGCUGCAUGCCGUGGAUCUCUUCAUUCUCUUGGCUCUGAUUGGUGCCCGAAGUCCAACAUUUGUGAAUCAUUUUGAGAACAGUGCUCGCUGGUUUGAUCGACUUGUAUUGGCAGAAAAGAGACUCCAUAAUCUGGGCUUGCUGUCUUCUCACCCCAGCGGGCAGGUGUACUUCAGAAAGGAUUUAACUGUGGCACCGGUAGAUGAUGACCAUAUACCUUUCCUUCAGCAAGGGGUUCCAGUUCUACAUAUAAUUGCUACACCAUUCCCAUCAUAUCGACAUACAGUGGAAGACGGUGCUGACAAGGUUGAUGGCCAUACAGUGGAGAAUCUUACCAAAGUUCUGGUGGUCUUUUUAGCAGAAUAUCUCGGAUUGUAGAUGAUAAGUACACUGUGUACCUUUGUAAUCUUCUCACAUACCUCUAUGCUAAAUAUGUAAAGCUGCCUUAUUGGUCAGUUUAAAUCUAAAAUACAGUAUGACUGGGACUGUGCUAUACUGCAUUAUACUAAAUAAUAUACACAAUAAGCUCAAGCUACCUUUCAAUAGCCUUAGAUUGUACGAAAGGAGCAGAGCAUUAGCAUUAGCAUUUCUGUAAAGUUUACACUGCUUCUAUAAAGAAUGCUAAUAAUAAUAAAUAUUUCUGCAGUUCUGUAUCAAUAUAUACACACCCUGUAAUGUCUGAACAAAACUUAAGAUCUAGAUUAUUUACAUGCACUUAAAUAAUGCAGUGGAAUACUGUCAUAUUAUGACAAGAAAAAGAACAGGAAUCCUUCUGUAUAAAAUAGGCCUGCCUUUCAGGAUACGUUCUCCUCAUUAGCAUAAUGUUGCUGUUACAGGCCUUUUAAAGGUCCAGGAUUUGCACUGAUGCACUUCUCGCAGUUGUAGAUGUAAGCACGCAGGAUGGCAAAAAAUACUCUUCUAUGUAUUUUCUAAAUGAAUGAAAACUACUUUUAGCUUUUUUUAAAUUAUGAUAUAUUAUUAUGAUGUUUCGACACUUUCACAAAAAGUGAAACUCAUAUAAUAUAUAGAGUCAUCACACACGUGUUUAUUUAUUUUAAUUUUGGUGAUUAUGGCUUACAGCUAAUGAAAACCCAAAAGAGUAUCUCAGAAAAUUAGAAUCUUGUGAAACCAGAGACAGUGUCAUAGUUGACUUACCUGGGCAAAGGACAAAAAGGACUGGACUGUUGCUCAGUGGGACAAAGUUGUCUUUUCAGAUGAAAGAAAAUUUUGCAUUUAAUUUAGAAAUCAAUGUCCCAGAGUCUGGAA